AUGUCGGCGCGGCGCGCGGAAAUCGAGGCGAAGCGCGCCAAGCUUGUGGAGCUGCGCAAGGCGCGCGAGGAACGCGCCAAGCAGAGUAGAGAGAAGCUGGUAGAGGGGGAUGUACACGAACAUUUUGGUGUAUCGAAGCGCGAGGAGCUCGAUGCGUUCCUUGCGUCGUUGCUUCCUUCCAAGGAAAAGGAGCUAGCGGACGGCGCUGCGGCAGGAACAGCCGAAGCGGGGAGUGCGGUAGGAAUAGCCGAAGCGGGCAACGCGCCAAAAACAGCCGAAGCGGGCAACGCGCCAAGGACAGCCGAAGCGGGGGGUGCGGCAGGAACAACCGAAGCGGGCAGCGCCGCAAGGACAACUGAAGCGGGCAACGAGGCAGGAACAACCGAAGCGGGCAGCGCCGCAAGGACAACCCAAGCGGACAGCGCCGCAGCAGGAACACACAAAAGUGGUGCGCCGUCUCCACUAGCUCCACGCUCGCCGCCGCGGCCCGCCAAGAUCUUGUACUCGAAACAGGUCCAAACGGACGAGCCCCUACUUGAGCCUGCACCGCCAUCACCCACACCGUCGCCCUCCGCACUGCUGAGCCCCCGUGUGCCGCAGCGCACACCGACGCCGCCAUCCGAAGAGCUCGGCAAAGAGUACGCAGACUUUGUCUACUCCAGAUCACUCGUGAUCGAACGCGUACUUGACGAAGAGUACGAUGUGCUCACAGACUACACGACCGUCCCUGAUGCCCAAGCGCCAGAUCAUGCCACGACGCUGCACCACGUACACACCCUCUUUGAUACCACUAUGGAAACACGCGCCGUCACUGCGCUGGAUUGGUCGGCCAUGCAUCCUGAACUGCUUGCGGCGGCAUAUUCACACGCCAGCGUGCCCUCAAACAACGGACUCGAAGGACUCGUCGCGGUAUGGAAUCGCCACGUAAAGGAACGGCCGGAAUUCUUAUUCGCAGCGCCGACCGACGUCACCGCCGUGCUCGCCUCGCCGUUCCAUCCGAACCUGUUCCUCGGCGGCGCCGCGAAUGGCCAAAUUCUCGUAUGGGACACUCGGAAUAGGCGCCUGCCUGUGCAGCGCACGCCACUCUCGUUCAGCGCUGGCGCGGGCACAGGACACUGUGCGCCGGUCACAAGCUUGUGCAUGACGGGCUCGGCACAGGCACACACCCUCGUAAGCGCCUCGCUGGAUGGGCUUGUGUGCACAUGGAGCAUGGACAUGCUCGCAAUGCCACAGGAAUCCAUCCUGCUCACCAAUCCCAUGCAUCCCCGCAGCGCAGACGUGGGCGUCGCUACACUUGACGUCCCAUCCAGGGACGCGACGCAAUUCUUUGUGGGAACAGACGAGGGAAACGUUUUCCACGCCGCGCGCUACGAUCGCGCAGGGAUCGCAGCAGGACUUGAUCUAGCGCAUAUCUACGUAGGGCAUGCUGCGCCAGUGACACGGCUCGUGUGCCAUCCUGCGCCGCGUGGACGGCGCGCGCCGGUCGACUUUUCCGAUCUGUUCUUGACGAGCAGCAUGGACUGGAGCACUGCGCUAUGGCGCAUGGCAGGGCCGGCAACAUCAACACAGGCGAGCAAGUCUUCGUACCAUUACCCACACGCAAACGCGCGGAUCGCGACGAGCACUCGUACGAAUCCGCUCGCAUUCCGCAGUGCAAACGCAGCAGCUUCGCCUUGGACGCCUGUGCAUCCCAUGGCACGAUUCGAAAACCAGCAGGACUACGUGAUGGAUGUGCGGUGGCACCCACAGCACCCCGCUGUUUUUGCCCAGGCCGAUGCGGGUGGGCGCUUGGAAAUGUACAAUCUGAACACCAGUCUUGAGCGCACGGUGCAGACGGCACAGGCCCCAGCAGGGCUCAAUCGCCUUGCGUGGGAGCAUGGGACAGAAAGCGCACCGAGUACGAGGAUUGCGCUUGGGGCAUUGGACGGUCGCGUGCAUCUGUACGAGGUGCCUGAGACGCUUGUGCGUGUGCGUGGGGAUGUUGAAUGGCUAGAAAUGCAGCAUGUACUAAAGGGGCUGGGGUAG